AUGGCGACGGCGAUUCUCUCCCCUCGCGAUUGCUUGCAAGGUCGGUUCCGCCGGGAAGCUUUCGCGUUGCGAUCUUCACCUCGCGUGGCGAGGGAUGAUGCGGUUGCUAACCCUAACCCUAACCCUAACCCUAACCCUAGGGGCACAGGCGGAAGAGGAGUCCCAUGGGGCGCCAGGGGGAUACGGCGGCGUCGCGAUCGAAACAGUCACUGGCUCGGCGUUUUUCACCUCGCCGCCACAAGUUCGCUUCCUGUGCCGGCGUUUUUGGGGAAAGGUGGGAUUGGGGAUGCUACUACUGAUCUCCGGCGAUUACUGGGGUUGAAUCUGAUUUAA